AUGAAGUUAUCGCUAGUCUUGGCGAUCACAAUUGCAGCAGUCGCCGUGUACUCGGCACCAUUGCCCUUAGUGUAAGUUAGCCUAACUCCUACCCAACUAGAACUUCCCAUAUUCCAGUGAGAAGAUCAAACGAACCUUGGCGUAUUUGAAGAAGGCGCAGACAAUUGGAGAAUAUGCGAUUAAUACGGUAAGUUAGUUAGCCUAUCUCACAUAAGAUCUAAAAAGUAUGUAAACAAAUAAUAUUUCUGUUUCAGCCAACUGGUAUUUAUCCGAUCAAAGAUAUAAAUGACGACAACUUUUUGGAUAUUUUCAAGUUCCGACCUGAGAUUGAGAAGUUGCGACAGGAACAGAAGGCGUCGUCAGCUUCCGCAUCCGCUUCCGCGGCUUCCGCAUCGACAGACGAGGAGGCUCCGCUAACAUCGGAUGGAAGUGGAUAUUCUACUCCGGCUGCUGAACCUCAGCCCGAGGGUUCGGGAGAAGUUGCUGCUUCGGAAACCGCUGGUGAAGGUUCGGGUGAUUAUGGAUCGGGCGCAGCUGCGGUGGGAGAAGCUUCGGGAGCUGCUCCAGAAGCCCCAGCCCCAGAAGCCCCAGCUGCUCCUGAAGCCCCGGCUGCUCCUGAAGCCCAAGUCCCAGAAGCCCCAGCUGCUCCAGAAGCCGAGGAAUCGUCUGGAGCUGCUGUCGAGGGAUCCGGCACAAUUGCCAUUGAAUUGCCACCACUUGCGCCACCAAAGAAACUUCAACCACCAGCGAGUGGAUACGUGACGACUGGGGGAGAAGCCGGACUCAGCGAACCACCACCACCACCUUCAGAAGAGUAUGCUCGACCAGGAACAUCGGGAGAUGUUGAAGGUUCGGGUGCCUCGGAAGCCCCGGCUGCUCCAGCUCCAGAAGUAGCAGCUCCAGAAGUCGCAGCUCCAGCACCAGAAACCCCGGCUGCUCCAGCUUCAGAAGUUUCAGCUCCAGAAGUUGCAGCACCAGCUCUAGAAUCUCUAGCCGCCUCAGCCCCAUCUGAUGGAUAUGUCUCGGGAACUGCUGAUGCUUCCGCUGCUGCUCAAGCUCCAGAACCUGCUGCACCACCAGCUGAUAACACUGCAGCUGUCGAAUCCUCAGCACCAAGUCAAACCUAUGAUUCAGCUUCAUCUUCAUCGACUGCUGAUUCGGGAGUUGCACCACCAGCCGGAGAACCACAACCACCAGCAGUUGAAGCUGCAACAGAAACCCCGGCUUCUCCAGAAGCCCCAGCUGCUCCAGAAGCCCCAGCUGUUCCAGAAGCCUCAGCCCCAGCUCCAGAAUCUUCUGCUGCACCGGAAGCCCCAGCUGCACCAGAAGCCCCAGCUCCAGCUCCAGAAACUCCAGCUGCCCCUGAAACCCCGGCUGCCCCAGAAGCCCCAGCUGCACCUUCAACAGAUGCUGCUGCACCUUCGGGAGGAUAUGAUUCAGCCGCUGUACCGGAAACUCCAGCUGCUCCAGAAGCCUCAGCUCCAGCUGCAGAAACUCCAGCUGCACCAGAAGCCCCAGCUGCUCCAGAAACCCCAGCUGCCCCAGAAGCCUCAGCUGCACCAGAAGCCCCGGCUGUUCCAGAAACUCCAGCUGCACCGGAAGCCCCGGCUGCUCCAGAAGCCCCAGCUGCACCAUCGACAGAUGCUGCUGCACCUUCGGGAGGUUAUGAUGCAGCCGGAUCUUCAGCCGCUGUACCGGAAACCCCAGCUGCCCCAGAAGCCUCAGCUGCACCAGAAGCCCCAGCUGCACCAGAAGCCCCAGCUGCACCAGAAGCCCCAGCUGCUCCAGAAGCCUCAGCUCCAGCUCCAGAAUCUUCUGCUGCCCCAGAAACUCCAGCUGCAGAAGCCUCAGCUCCAGCUCCAGAAGCCCCAGCUGCUCCAGAAACCCCAGCUGCUCCAGAAGUUCCAGCCGCCCCAUCGACAGAUUCUGCUCAACCAUCAGGAGGAUAUGAUGCAGCCUCAGCAGGAUCUUCAGCCGCUGCCCCAGAAGCCCCAGCUGCACCGGAAGCUCCAGCUGCACCGGAAACCCCAGCAGCCCCAGAAGCCCCAGCUGCACCGGAAACUCCAGCUGCUCCAGAAACUCCGGCAGCACCUUCAACAGAUGCUGCUGCACCUUCGGGAGGUUAUGAUGCAGCCUCAGCAGGAUCUUCAGCCGCUGCCCCAGAAGCCCCAGCAGCACCGGAAACCCCUGCUGUUCCAGAAGCCCCAGCUGUUCCAGAAGCCCCAGCUGUGCCAGAAACUCCUGCUGCUCCAGAAACCCCGGCUGCCCCAGAAGCCCCAGCAGCACCGGAAACCCCUGCUGUUCCAGAAGCCCCAGCUGUUCCAGAAGCCCCAUCUGCACCCGAAACUCCAGCUGCACCGGAAACCCCAGCUGCAGAAAUCCCAGCUGCACCUUCAACAGAUGCUGCUGCACCUUCGGGAGGUUAUGAUGCAGCCUCAGCCGGAUCUUCAGCUGCCGCUCCAGAAGCCCCAGCUGCAGAAGCCCCGGCUGCUCCAGAGACCCCAGCUGCACCAGAAGCCCCAGCUCCAGCUGCAGAAACCCCAGCCGCCCCAUCAACCGACGCAGCCACACCUUCAGGCUAUGACUCAUCAGCAGCCGGAUCUUCAGCCGACACAUCAGCAGCAGUUCCAGAAGGUGCAGCCCCACCUCCACCGCCACCCGCUGACUCCGCAGCCUCAUACGAUUCGCAAGGCUUCGCAAUCAACGCGAGAAAAAAGGUUCGACGAGCCGCAUUCGUCGGAUGGGGUCGAAACAAUCAAUAGAUUUUUGACAAGGGAAAAAGGACCAAGAGAUGCCAUGUCUAUAUAUAAUUGUUGUACAUGUUUUUGUUUAUAUUUGCUCAUUGAAAAACUCAUAAACCUUAUUUAUUUUCUGAACCGGGAUACGUUUCAAAAAUUAAAUAUAAUUUUUUAUGGAAUUCCAGGAAUCUCGAUGUCAUACCUUACACUUAUUUCCGAAAUUUAGGGGCGUUAAGUUUCUGAUGCUCACUAUUUGCCUUAAUACUUACCACUGACAAUGAAAAUUGUUUUUUAUCGCAGUUUCACAUUUUUAUCAAUAUUAUUAUGCAUCACCGCGUCACUUUUCUGCUUUUCAUUUAUUUUUUCGCACUCACAAAAUGUCAGAGCCAAAUUUACAACUACAAUGUGAUUUUGACUGAAAGCGCCGCUGAUCAACCCGCAGUUCAGCGGACUGUCGAAGUUGUGGCUGGGAUCAGUGCGACGUCGGAGAAUUUGUGUUAUAUCAAUGUGACGUUUACCAAUUCCGACAAGGUCACUUUUUACGUGCACGUUGGAAAUGUGGAAAAUUCGGUUGUCGGGAAUUUACCUCAUGGUGAAACGAUUAUAGUGAAUGUGACCAGAGGAACAUGGGUAAGUAUUUUUCGAAGAAUUCCCCUGAUAUUUCCCUCCUGUUUCAGAGCUUGAGUUUGUUCGAGCUUAGUUGCUAUGAUCCUCCGAUAGUCUCAAGCCUUGGGUGUAGUUUUGAUGCUAAUAUGGAUGAGUGUUAUGAUCUUACGACAAGUGUUGCCUUUGAUAGAUCAUAUUUGGAGUCCGUUUAUGCUCGACGAAAUCAAACAACCGAUUGUGUGACUCCAAAUACAACUACAGCAUGGUAGGCUGGAUCUGGGGAGGGGUAGAUCUAAAGGGAUACGAUAUCUGACUGGUGAGAACUCGCUGCAGAGGAAGAAGUGUUGAGUUUUCCCGAACACCCGAACACUCAAACACCCUGACACCCCAAAUACUCUUUCCCCGAACACUCGAAGUAUAAAUAUGAUUAAUCAUGUCAAAACCUUCAGAUUUCUCGAUUUGAGACAUCGCUGAAUCGACAACAUCUAACAUUAUUUUUCAUGAUUGGAUCUUCAACAUGUGAAGUCAAAUCAAGUGUUGGGAUGGUAUUGUAUGAAUAAAAAUCAAUUACCACCCAAAUAUCACCAUUUUAAGACAGUCACAAGUGAAAUUUCCCAAAAGUUGAAAAUCUGAAAAAAAUCGGAUUUUCGAUUUUGGUCCAAUACAACCUUCAGAAGUGUUGCGAAAUACAUCUGAAUGAUUGAAAUAGUGUGAAUCGGCGUAAAAAAUAACCCUAGAAAAGUUUCCAACAUUUUCGGGCUGUUUUAGUGACUUUAUCCAUCAAAAACAGUUAGUGCAUUUCUUUUUUGCCGCUACUGUACACUAGGAUUCACUUAGGAUGUUCGGGUCACCCGGGAUGCCCUUUUACACGUAGCUGAAAGGGGUAGUUUGGUAGGUAUCGCUCCUUGUGCAGAGACAGUCCUCCCAGGCCAAACCCUUUUCCAAGAUAAAAUAUAAUUUCCAGUGAUGGGUAUCCUCAAUGGUGGUAUCAACCAAAUGGCGGUGCCACAACACUUCUAUCGACACUCCCAACAACUACUCUCACCACCAAAACCACCUCCCCCUCAUCAACAACCCAGUCGACGUCAACCACCCGAACACAACCAACCACCUCCCCUAGUUCAAACCUCCAAGAUCUCGCAAAUCAAGGUGUCGGCCUCAACAACAUCUCUCAAAUUCUCAACAUCACCUACACAUAUGCACAAAUGGGUCCCGCCUUGAACUCCAGUGAUAUUAUGGAUAUCACGACUAUCCUUAACAAUAGUGCAAGUGUCAAAGGAAUAUCGACUGAUAAUUCAGUGCAGAUUUUGUGGAAUAUUGAUUGUGUGAUGAAUGCAAAUGAGGAUCAAUUGAAAAACUCGACUGAACAUUUGCUAAAUAUUUUCGGGAAAAUGGUGCAUAACACCAAUGGUUCGAGGGUGGAAUAUUUGGAUGGGAUGAAUCUAGGAUUCAGCUCGAAGCGGAUAAAUUGCCGGAAAUUGGGGGUUGAUGACGGGUUGAUUGAUAUGGGCAACGGUUUUGAACCUAUCAAUUCGACUACAAACAUCCAAUCAACAGAGAGGAAUGGGCUCAUAAUCCCCUUGAGUGAUUUAUGUAAAACUACGAGAUGUGAGUAUUUUCAGGUUCAUUGAUGAGUUUCCGUGAGUUUCAGUAACUCACAUCUUCUUCACCAUCUAUCGCGAUCGAAAAUUGUUCGCUGGCCGUCGACAACAUCGAACUUUCGGACAGCGUAAAAGAUCUAUCUAUACCCCGGGUGACGAUGAACAGAUUGAUCCGGACAUCGAAGUUCCAUCUAGAUGUAUCCCACAGAUUGCCCUAACAUCAGAUGUUCCUGUGAUGAGUGCAAGUGUUAUGAAUAACGGUGUACUUGUCUCAACAGCUUCUACUGACAAUGGAAUUAUGGCGAAUUUGCAAUUCAACAUUGAGAAUAUACCAAAUCCUCUUCACGGGAAGUUUCAGGUAACCUGGUGGAACACUUCGUCAAAUCAAUGGGCUAGUGAUCAAUAUUGCACAAUCACUCAGCGCACGGAUAAAUUGAUCUUGGCACAAUGCCCACAUCUCACUGACUUCACAGUUAUUGUGGAUGGAACUCUAGACGAUCAGAUUGUUUGUAAUAAAGCUCUCGCGGUAACUGGUUAUGUAGCUAAUUCGAUUUCUGUACUCUCUUUGAUAUUUUUAACAAUGAUAACGGUUAUGGUUUUGUUAGUUACUGCAUAAGUUGAGUGACCUAUGCAUGAUUUUUUUGCAGCAUUCCCAACAAAUCAGUCCGAAGUUUCCUGCUGAUCAUCCGCGGUCAAGACACUAAUGGCGAUGUGAUACUUUUGGCAUACUACACUUCCCUGUUACUAUUCUACGUGUUGUUUUUGAGUUUUGCAGUGGAUAGUUUCUCACAGGUUGGGUGUACUAUAACGGCUAUUUUGAUGUAUUUCUUGCUAUUGUGGUGAGUUCAAUACAAAUAUUUUGGCAUUAGAGCGUAUUUUCUUGUUUUAGUUGGUGUGUCAAAGCGCUUGUAAUCUCUAAGGAAAAAAAACUCUCUAAACCCUAACAAGUGACUUACAUUAGGGUGAUAAUGGGUUUUGAAAUAAGACAAGUACAGUCUUAUGUAACUCGAUGCGCUGAUCACGAUGCCGCAAAAAUCAGCUGUUGAGCUCCGAAGGAAAUUUUGAUUCAAAAAAAUACGAAAUUUUUGAAUUAAAAAGAUUCCCGUUUUUCGGCCCAAACAACCCUAGGGUACUUUUAUUCUACCCAAAACUUACUUAUUUCAUAUGAAAAUUAAGAUAUUUUGAGCAAACUUCGGAGCUCAGCAGCUAAUUUUGGCGGGAUUGUGAUCAGCGCGUCGAGUUACCCAGUACCGCACUUAUCUCAUCUCAAAACCCGUUAUCACCCUAAUGUAAGUCCCUUGUAAGCCUACCAAAUUUUCAGCUCAAUAAUGCUCAACAUCAUCCAAGGAAUCCGAAUAAUCCACACAUUCUUCCCCCCAAAAAUCUUCAAAUUCUUCUCAAUAAUCCUAUCUCCCCCAGCAGCUCUAACAAUCUCAUUUGGUAUCCCAGCUAUCCUAUGCACUCUUCUAGCCACUCUCAACACCUCAUUCUUCGAACGAAAUGAUUCAUUCUGCUGGAUUCGUCCCGAUUACAUUAUAACUGCUAUAGUUGUACCUGUCACUAUUCUAUUGCUGAAUGCAGUGGUCUGCACAUCAUUCGUCAUUUAUAAAAUGUUCUUUUUUGCAAAACGAGCUUCCCGUAAGGAGGUAAGCUAGCUUAAAUUCCACUGAAAAAUCACCCGUCGCCUUUAGCUAACCUUCUACGACGCUGAAUUCUGGUCAAAGAUCAUGUCGAUCUUCAUAAUGGAAAUUUCACUCGGUGCACCUUGGAUCAUCCAAUAUUUCACAUUAGCCUGGCCUGACACAACGUUUUGGAAUUUUUUGUUCACAAUUGUCCUUGGAUCUCAGGGAACAAUUUUACUUUUGAUAUUUUUGUACAGACGACAGAAGUUGUAUCGGCAAGCGAGUAUUAAUAGCACCAAGUUUUCGAAAGUGUCAAAAUAA